AUGACGCAACGCUGCUACCAGCCCCCUGCAAAUCUGAGGUACGUUUCGGUCCAGCUCAGUUGCUCCUUCAAAGCUCACGAAGUUUCUGGUUCGCGGGCGUGCAUCUGCAGAAUUAUCAGCAGCAAGGGUAGCCGGGAGAGGUCCUGCAGCCGCGCGCAUCCAGCCUCCCGAUCGAUUUGCGCGCGUUGCAGGAGGCCACAUGAGAAACUUAGCGCUUUGGAACGAUACUGCCGGCCAAGCAUCGUAAAUACCGUGCCGUUAAAAUGGCAGUCCGCACAUCGUCGCGAGUGCCGCCUCGGAAGACGGCCAGCGCCAGCAGCUAGUACCGAAGUAGAUCGCUUCCAAAGUGUCGUGUCCCCUUUUGUGACGCGAUACCGCCGACAUACACAUCAUCUCAUCCGCACUGUCCUUAGCACCUCCUAG